GCAGACCCUGGUACCCUUGUGACGAUCAUUCUUGGGUUUUGAGAGCACAGAACAGGUCAGAUUUCGGUUUCGGGGAGGGGGAUGAGUCAAUUCAACUUUUGGGGAUGAGCUGAGAAAGGGCAACACGGAUUUUUUUUGGUCUACGUGGAAGGUUCUUUGGGUAUAUAUUCCCACACAACUUUUGGGUUUAUUCUUCCUGGAUAUUCGACUCCAACGGCGGCGGUCUUUUUUUGUUCGUUUGACAACGGACGGUUUUUGGUGGUGGGGCCAAAAAAAAGAAGGUUUCGAGAAGCAUUAACUAUACGGCACUUCAUACUCGCUCACCACUCAAACCCCGCGGCGAGAUGAGCUCAACACCACAGUGGACUCCCGACUCGUGGAGGUCAAAACCCGUCAAGCAAUGCCCCCAGUACCCCGACCAAAAGGCCCUUCAGAAGUCUCUGGCUGAGCUCAAGAAGUUGCCCCCCAUCGUCCACCCGAGGGAGAUUGUCAAGCUCAAGGAGCACCUUAGGGAUGUGGCUCAGGGCAAGGCGUUCUUGCUGCAGGGUGGUGACUGUGCUGAGCUGUUUGACUACUGCCAGCAGGAUGUUAUUGAGAGCAAGAUCAAGCUGCUUUUGCAGAUGAGUCUUGUGCUGAUUUGGGGUGCUGACAAGAGGGUUGUGCGGAUUGGGCGUAUGGCUGGGCAGUAUGCGAAGCCGCGGUCGAGUCCGAUGGAGAUGGUUGAUGGGAGGGAGGUUCCUUCGUUCAGGGGUGAUAUCCUGAAUGGGUUCAGUGUUGAUGAGAGAGAGCUGGACCCUAACCGCUUGGUCAAGGCUUACCACCACUCGGCUGCCACGCUGAACUACAUUCGUGCUGCCAUCUCUUCUGGCAUUGCGGACCUGCAUCGCCCUCUGGACUGGGGUCUCGGCCACGUCCGUGAUCCCGCACUGAAGGCCAAAUACCAAGAAGCUGUCGACUUCCUUACGGACAUGCUCCGCUUCAUGCAGACCAUCGGUGCCGACAAGUCCCACAAUCUCGAUACCGUCGAUCUCUUCACCUCCCAUGAGGGUCUGUUGCUGGAAUACGAGCAAUCCCUCACCCGUCUCCUCGACACCCCUUCCGCUCCCGGCACCCCCAGCAAAAAGGAGUACUACGACACAUCAGCCCACUUCCUCUGGAUCGGCGACCGCACCCGCCAGCUCGACCACGCCCACGUCGAGUUCUUCCGCGGCAUCGCCAACCCCCUCGGCGUCAAAAUCGGACCUACCACCCCCGCCUCCGACCUGCUGGACAUGCUCCGCACUCUCAACCCGGACCGCGAACCAGGCAAGAUCACGCUCAUCACCCGCUACGGCGCCUCCAAGGUCGCCGACCUGCUCCCCGCGCACAUCCGAGCGGUGGAGGACUCGGAGUACAAGCAGACGGUUGUUUGGCAGUGCGACCCCAUGCACGGCAACACGCAGUCUGUCAGCGGGGGGAUUAAGACGAGGAGGUUCAGCAACAUCUUUAGCGAGCUGCAGCAGACGUUGAGGAUUCACAAGGAGCAGGGGAGUUAUCUGGGGGGUGUUCACCUGGAGCUUACGGGGGAUGCGGUGACGGAGUGUUUGGGGGGUAGUGAGGGGCUGGAUGAGGAUGACUUGUCGACGAAUUACACGAGCUUUUGCGAUCCAAGGUUGAAUGAGAAGCAGGCGUUGGAGUUGGCGUUUUUGGUGGCGGAUCAUUAUAGGUGUGAGAGGAAGGAGAAGAGGGCGUAAGAGUGGGUUUUGGUCUGGGAUUGGGGGUUCAAAAGAAAAGUUAGGGGGUUAGUGGUAAUUCGGCAAUUGUUUCUCGUUAUAUGCUUGUUAGAACUGUCUUUUGAGGUACGUUGACAAUAUUUUG